CUCUGCUUCCCUCUAGGAACGACCCCCCAGGUGCUGAGCGGGGGCAGCAGUUUGGGGCUAAGCACCGAGAGGGGGUUCGCUGGACUCUUGGAGGGUGGAGAGGAUUCCUCCAGCCCAGCCGAGCCCAGCGCCCAGGGCAGCUGUGGGGCAGAUCCACAGGAGGGCACAAGCACCGCCUGUCCCAGUGCCCAGGUGUGCCAGGGGCCUGGCGCCUCCUCCGACCUGUCGGUGGAUGUGUGUCACUUCCCCUUUAAGGGGCCAGCUCACCUGUGGGUGCAGCUCCCUCACCUGGCCCAGGUGACGCAGCGGGAGCCAGGAAGGAGGAAGCAGCAGCAGCAGGGAGCCCUGGCCAGUGUGCACAGGCCCGGAGGGGGCCAGGCUAGGGCAGGAUCAUGUCAGCCUCUGCUGUCUUUGUCUUGGAUCUCAAAGGCAAGCCGCUGAUCAGCCGGAACUACAAGGGGGACGUGAGCAUGGCAGAGAUUGAUCACUUCAUGCCGCUGCUGAUGCAGAAGGAGGAGGAGGGGGCCCUGACGCCCCUGCUGACCCACGGCAAAGUCCACUUCCUCUGGAUCAAGCACACCAACCUGUACUUGGUGGCCACCACCAUGAAGAAUGCCAACGCCUCGCUGGUGUACUCCUUCCUCUACAAGGUGGUGGAGGUCUUCUCCGAGUACUUUAAGGAGCUGGAGGAGGAGAGCAUCCGAGACAACUUUGUCGUCAUCUACGAGCUGCUGGAUGAACUGAUGGAUUUCGGGUUUCCCCAGACGACCGACAGCAAAAUCCUGCAGGAGUACAUCACCCAGCAAGGCAACAAGCUGGAGACUGGCAAAUCCCACGUGCCCCCCACUGUCACCAAUGCCGUGUCCUGGCGCUCCGAGGGCAUCAGGUACAAGAAGAACGAGGUUUUCAUCGAUGUCAUCGAGUCUGUGAACCUGCUGGUGAACACCAACGGCAGCGUCCUGCUCAGCGAGAUCAUGGGCACCAUCAAGCUGAAGGUGUUUCUCUCCGGCAUGCCUGAGCUGCGGCUGGGCCUCAACGACCGCAUGCUCUUCGAGCUGACCGGGCGUGGCAAGAACAAGUCGGUGGAACUGGAGGAUGUCAAGUUCCACCAGUGCGUGCGGCUCUCGCGCUUCGAAAACGACCGCACCAUCUCCUUCAUCCCACCCGACGGAGACUUCGAACUCAUGUCCUACCGGCUCAACACACAGGUGAAGCCCCUCAUCUGGAUCGAGUCGGUCAUCGAGAAGUUCUCCCACAGCCGCGUGGAGAUCAUGGUGAAGGCAAAGGGCCAGUUCAAGAAGCAGUCGGUGGCCAACAGUGUGGAGAUCUCGGUCCCUGUCCCGAGCGACGCCGACUCCCCCAAGUUCAAGACCAGCGUUGGCAGCGCCAAGUACGUGCCUGAGAAGAACAUCGUCAUCUGGAGCAUCAAGUCGUUCCCGGGUGGGAAAGAGUUCCUGAUGCGGGCCCACUUCGGGCUGCCCAGCGUGGAGAAGGAGGAGGUGGAGGGGCGGCCGCCCAUUGCUGUCCGCUUCGAGAUCCCCUACUUCACAGUCUCAGGAAUCCAGGUGCGCUAUAUGAAGAUCAUCGAGAAGAGCGGGUACCAGGCGCUACCCUGGGUGCGAUAUAUCACCCAGAGUGGGGAUUACCAGCUCCGGACCCAGUAGGCGCCAGCUGAGCAGCGAGGGGUCCUGCCACCCCCGCGCUGGAAGGAGGCUGCAGCCCCUGGACCGCGGCGAGCCCCUUGUGACUCUAGAGAGGCCCUUUUAAGAGAAUUUUGUUUGUGUGUGUUUCCCCCUGGGCCGCUGCCCUCUGGCCUGCCUCAGGCCUGGUCCUUUCUGCCAACUUCUCUAUCAACAUAUAAAG